AUGGAAGCAUGCAACUGUAUUGAGCCACAAUGGUCGGCUGAUGAGCUCAUGAUCAAAUAUCAAUACAUUUCGAACUUUUUUAUUGCUGUUGCAUAUUUUUCAAUCCCUCUUGAGUUGUUAUACUUUGUGAAGAAAUUGGCAAUGUUUCCAUAUAAAUGGGUUCUUGGGCAGUUUAGUGCAUUCAUUUUGUUGUGCGGCAUCACGCAUCUGAUUAGCUUGUGGACUUUCAACAUUCAUUCUAGGACGGUGGCUAUAAUCAUGACUACUGCCAAGGUUAUUACUGCUGUGGUGUCUUGCGCAACGGCGUUGAUGCUUGUGCAUAUAAUUCCUGACUUGUUGAGUGUUAAGACCAUAGAGUUGCUUUUGAAGAAUAAGGCUGCAGAGCUUGAUAUAGAAAAGCAAAAUAAUCAUAUAUGA